CUCUCUCUCUCUCUCUCUCCCCACAGUCUCUCCCACUCAAGUUAAAGACGAUCACUCGCUGCAGCAGACAAAUCGCGAAACCAAAAUCACCGCGAAGCGCUCUCUCUCUCGCGCUUUGUCUCUGAAAUGCGAAGAACGAAGAUCAGAAGAAGUAACUGAAGAAGGACCACGAUACAAUGCAGUCGGAGCCGGCCUACCAGGUCCACCGGCCGGCGAGAUCGGCCGCAGAAGCAUGCGGCGGAGAUCGGCGUGACGCGAGCCCCGACUCCUUGAUCUUCACGCCGGAAUCCAAUCUCAGCAUCUUCUCCUCCGCCUCCGCCUCCGCCUCCGUCGGUCGAUGCUCUUUCGCCUCCGAUGCUCAGGACCGCGACUCUCUCGUCUCCGAUCUCUCCAUGGAUCGAGAUCUCAGGGGAAAUUCGAGUUGUACAGAUUCGGAUCCAAACAAGCUUUCAACAGGGAGAAAGCACAGUAGGAACUCUAGAAAGACAGAUAAAGUGAAAGUGCAGAAAGAAGACAACGAGGUGAACACGGAAGAUGAGAACCAACACUUGGAUUCAGCUAGGAGCUCCUUCUCUUUAGCUAUUAAAGAAUGUCAGGAUAGGAGAUCCAGAUCCGAAGCUCUCGUGAAGAAGCUCCACAGGCAAAGAACUCCUUCUCUGGAUCUCAAUAAUGUCACCUCUUCCUCUCCACGACUGGUAACCGUCCAGAGAAACUCUGUUUCAACAAAGAAAUCCAGCGCUUUUCCUAGUCCAGGAACUCCGACUUAUCUGCAUGGUAGCAUUGCGAUGCCAAAGGGUUGGAGCUCAGAACGAGUACCAUCACAUUCGAAUGGGGCAAGAACUCUAGCCUUCAUGCCUUCUUACAGUGGGAAAACUCUACCUUCGAAAUGGGAAGAUGCAGAGAGAUGGAUAUUGAGUCCUGUUGCUCGGGAAGGAAUCAUUCGAACUUCAUUUGGGGCAUCGCAUGAAAGGCGGCCUAAAUCAAAGAGUGGUCCAUUAGGACCUCCAGGACUUGCAUAUCAUUCAUUGUAUUCUCCUGCUGUUCCGAUGGUUGAAGACGGGAGAAUGGGCAGUUUCAUGGCAGGCUCCCCUUUUUCGGCUGGAGUGAUGACAACAGAUAAACAUUCCGGGAGCUCUGGUGCAGCUUUUCCUUCAAGAAUAGAUCCCUCCAUGGCUAGAUCCAUUAGCAUUCAUGGCUGUUCGGAGAAUUUCGCGCCACCUCUGCCUCCAUCCCGAGAUGGCUUCCUCCCUGACAAUGUCAAGGAUGCUUCCACCAAUCCUCUUGCCGCAUCGAGAAGAGAUAUGGCAACCCAGAUGAGUCCGGAUGGAAGCGUCCACCUAUCCCCCGAGAGAAGAUCUUCGCUCUCUCUUUCCUCUCCACCGGCACUAUCUAUAAUCGAAAUACUGAAUGGCCGGUCCUCGAAACCAGAAAUCAGGGAUUUGCAGGUUGAUGGAAAUGUCACUGUAACGCGUUGGUCAAGGAAGCACAGAGCGCUAUACCACGGAAAGAGCAAAGAAACGGAGAACUUGAAUGAACAAGCCAUGGGUACUCACGGUUUGACAUGGGCCAAGAGAGAGGAAGCUAGGAUCAAUGCAUGGGAAAAUUUGCAAAAAGCAGAAGCAGAGGCAGCAAUGAGAAAACUAGAGAUGAAGUUGGAAAAGAAGAGAACAACGUCGACGGAAAAGAUCAUGAAAAAGCUGAAAGCGGCGCAAAAGAGAGCCCAGGGGAUGAGGAGCUCGGUAGUAGUCAAUCGCGGUGAACAAGGUUCAAGUACAUCCCGCAAGUUUGCAUCUUUUAGAAUGAUUCGGCAGAUGGCUUCCAUUAGUGGUUGCUUUACCUCUUCAAGCCUCUAAGUUGCCAGGUUAAUACAUGAUAUCGAUGGAGGUGUUGUAGAGCAGAAGAAGACAUUGAGAGGUCUUGUGCCAGUUUUUGGUAAAAACACGAAACUCACCCUCCCCAGCGUUUGAUCAAUCCACGUGAGAAUGCUCUGUUUUUUGGCCGCACGCUAUAGUCCUUAUACGUUUUUUUACGCGCAUGGAUCAAUCGGCCUCUACGAUAUUGAUAUAAAGUUGAUGCUGUGGGAGGGAAUAUGUUAGAGGUGGAUAUGAUCCUUGGGUGUCCAUACGGUAAUUGAGGCUGCGUAUUUUUCCGUGUAUAUGAUAUGUGUCCUCCUCUAUCUGCAAGCUUCAUUGUUCAGCUUUUGUUGUUCAUUUUGAACUUUGCUAUUAAGGCCAUGUUGAUGUUUGAUGGGUUCCCAUCACUUUUUAUCA